AUGGUUCAAAAUCAUGUAACUGUUGCAUUGGGUUUGUUGGUGUGUGCUUGGUCAUGGGUGCAAAGCACACAUGGUGAGUACUUAAUUGGGGUUGGGAGCUAUGACAUGACUGGUCCUGCUGCUGAUGUGAACAUGAUGGGUUAUGCCAACUUAGAGCAAAACACUGCUGGUAUUCAUUUCCGGCUAAGAGCUAGAACAUUCAUUGUGGCUGAGAGCCUUCAUGGCCCUAGGUUUGUUUUUGUCAAUCUUGAUGCUGGCAUGGCAUCUCAGCUUCUAACUAUCAAGGUGCUUCAGAGACUUAGUUUAAGGUUUGGAAAAUUGUAUAAUGAAGAAAAUGUAGCAAUAAGUGGGACUCAUACACAUGCUGGCCCUGGCGGUUACCUGCAAUAUUUGGUUUAUUCUGUGACUUCUCUGGGUUUUGUGAAAGAAUCCUUUGAUGUGAUUGCAGAUGCAAUUGAACAAACCAUUAUUCAAGCUCACAACAAUCUUAAGCCUGGAGAUGUGAAGAAUGCAGGCAUAAACAGGAGUCCAAGUGCAUAUUUACAAAACCCUGCAGAGGAGAGGGCAAGAUAUCCCUCCAAUGUUGACACACAAAUGACCCUUUUGAGGUUUGUGGAUGGAGCAAGUGGUAAGAGUGUAGGAGCAUUCAACUGGUUUGCCACACAUGGAACCUCCAUGAGCAAUGCAAACAAGCUUAUCAGUGGAGAUAACAAGGGUGUUGCUGCUAGACUUUUUGAAGAUUGGUUUGCCUCCCAAAACACAUCUUCCAACACCAACUCCACACUACCAGAUUAA